CUAGAACCCAGGGCUCUGUUUCUUUGAUUGUGCUUAUCUAGAUUCAAAUAGACUAUUUCCUUCACAGCAUCAUCUUGAUCUUCCCAUUCUUAAAUGGUAUAAAUAUGAUACAUUCUCACUAGUUGUUCAUCUUGCCAAAGAGGAUAAGGAUGAGUUGAGCUGGAGGAUGCCGGCACGGUAAGCCCAUGUUGCGACCGCUUUCGUUAUGAUCCACGGCAGCGGUACACGGGAUGACGAUGUUGAGUGGUAGGCACACGUGAGAAACGGUCACCAUCAACGACCUAGAAGUUACUGAGGUAACCUGUAUUUGCACACGCCAAGGCGAAUAAUAUAAGUAAUUGGAGGGAGAGCUCGCCAGCUGCUACAUCAAUCAACUUCUUGAAUUACAUCCAUCGAUUUGUGGAUUAAUUCUUUCGUGCGUGAGCGUGACUCGAGUGUACGGUGGCGAGUGGCAUGACGCGAUCCUGAACGAAGGGGACAGCGAGUUGCAUCGAGACGAUGACGACACUGAUCAGGCUAUUUUGCUUGUGGACAAGAUGACAUCGACGAGCAGACGGAGACGCUCUCCUACUUCGGCUUUUACAGAAAUGACGCGGAACAAAGACUUGUUUAGCCUUGUUGAUCGUCAGGGUAUUGCUACAUCUUUGAUUUCCUCAACAGCGAUGACCUGCGCGUCCACCAGCGCCAGAAGCAGUACAUUACCGAAAUGAAUUCGGGUUGACCAGGACCACUUCUACGAGUACGACCUCUCCAACUUUUAGACCUCUCCAACUUUUAUCCACGACGUCUACGACCUCUAGAAGACCAACAAGCACACUAGAGGCGGUCCUAGAGUAGUUCGUGUAGGUAAGAAUCCUCUGAGAGGGCGUGAGCAACUACACCGACGAUCGAAGGGUGCCUCUGACGCAACAGAAGUGGAGAGAUUACUUUCACGAAAUAGUAGGGCAGCUUGAGAGUACCACUCGCACUACAUUACCAAUAGUAUCUCCUGUAUGUGUAUCAUGGGCUGACCAGGCACGACCUCUAGAAGACCAACAAGCAAGACUAACAAGGAGACUAUCAAAUGGGUUGUUUCGGAUCGAAAGGCGGAUCCUUUACGAUGCCUGGGGUGCCUGGCGCAGAGAUCCUGGACGAUGACGACUUCAUGGAAACACUGAUGAUGAUGGAGCUCAAGUACAAAACCUUCGACACCACAGCAUUGUUC